GUCAGCGGGAGUUUCAGUACAGAUUCAGCAAUGUUCCCCGCUUCUAUCACCCACCAACAGACCAAGCGGAUCUUCCAUUAAAUAUUUCUUUGUAAAUCGGCAAGGAGCGAUAGCAAAGCGUCUGAAAUAUCCCACGAUGGCCGCAGAAAUAGGAACAGCGUCCGCAGUCAUCAGUCUUUUGGAGACAGCCAUCUCUUUGGUCAGGACGAUACAAACUGCUCGGAAACAAGUCAAGGACUUACCAAAGGUUCUCUCGGAUACUUCUGCACAGCUGGAAGGCCUUGUCCAGUCUUUGAUCUUGGUUAAAUCCGAACCAAAUCUCCAGACCGCUUCCGUCAUGUUGCAGGUCACCGCCAUCAUUGAUGUUGCUGAGGAACUCAGAGACGUGCUGAAGACUCUUCGAGAGAGGCAGGAAAAGAGCUCGGGUCGCCAAAUGAUGCAUGCUAUAACGGCCGGCAACGAGGACGAAAAGAAGAUCGCCGGCAUUGUCAGCCGUGUAGACAGUGCCAGGUCUGAAUUGACGCUACGUAUUAUGGUUGCUCAGGUUGGCCUGAUCGGCAGCCUGAGCGACGGUUUCCGCGUGGCGUCAUUAACACUGGCCGAAGUCAACGCCAAGGUCAACAGUUGUUUGGGAAGAGACUUGGUCCUUGCAAACAUGACCCGGGGCCGCGCACCGGAUGCUGACGGAACCGUAGAGCUUCUGCAAGAGGAGGUGACGAAAUUGGGCCUAAUUGACCAGCCACAGCCCAGUGACGCACCCGACUCGGGUCGUAGAGGACCGAGUGUGCCGGAGCAAAACAGUAGGAUUUACGGCAAUAUCACGUUGGACCAAGCCAGAAUCAUGACCGGCGAUGUGGGGGCUGGAAACUGGCAGUCAAUUUCCAGGGUGAACGAGGUAGCCAACAACAGAUUCGGCAAAGACACUCGGAUCAUGACAGGGAGUGUGGGACCGGAAGCUGCUUCGGCGUUCAUGGAGAACUUUUGGAAGUGACGCGCAAGUUCUGUUAGUGUCCUAGCCCUAUGCAUGCAAUACAUUUUUGAGUACUGAGAA